AUGGAUCCCACGCCGCCGCUGAUCAAUCCCACGGAUUCUGUUGAAUCUCAUCAACGCCCUGCCGCAGCUGCGGAAACGAGGGAUCCCGUGGAUUCUUCAAAGAUUAUGGUUUCCCCUAUGGAGGAGGCCGCCGAGGACUCUUCUCCUCCCCCUCUCAACUUCGUCAUUCCGGGUGCGAUCCCGCAUAAGUAUUAUCGCGUUCCCGACGGCCUCAAAUCGAUCCGUCCGAAGCGCAAAGUCGCCCUCGUUUUUGGCUACAUCGGUGAGAAGUACUGCGGGCUUCAGUGGAAUCACCUGCCAAACUACCCCACCAUCGAGGAGUCGUUGUUAAAAGCGAUGUUCGAGUGCGAUCUCAUCAGCGCGGAGAACUUCCGCAGCGCGAAGGUGCAGCAACUCAUUGGGUUUGAACGGGCAAGUCGCACCGAUAAGGGCGUGCACGCGUUGCGAAAUGUAAUUUCGGUGAAUCUGAUGCUCCCGUAUAGCGCCGCGUACGUCGCGGCGUGGGAACGGCAACAAGAGGAAGGUAAGAAAGAAAUUUCUGAGGAAGAAAAUCGGUUGAACCCCCCCUUUAACGACAACGACGACGAGGAAGAAGGAGGCAAAUACAGCUAUGAAGCGGUGAAAACGCUUCUGAACGAGGCGCUUCCGGAGGAUAUCGUCGUCUACGAUGUCGUUCCCGCCACGCGAAGUUUUAACGCCUAUUUAUGCUGUGGGGGACGGCAAUACGAAUAUUAUCUACCCACCUUCGCGUUGAUGCCGCGGGAGCUUUACAUUUCGCGGUUUUUUCCCGCCACCUUGGCGCCGGCGGAUCCUUUGCCUGACGUCGACGUGCGCGUUCUCACCGGAGGAGGAGGAGGAGGAGGAGGAGGAGGGAAGGCUUCGAAAGAAGGGGAAACCGCGCACGACAGCCCUGCCUUUUUCCCCCGCCGCGGGCAUUUUCCAAUGCGGAAAAGCAAACGAAGACGGCUUUCCGCGCAACCCAAAGAAGCCGUGAAGGUCGCGGAAACCAAUCACACCGCAAACGAGUCGCCAAACGAACCCACGGCGGAUGAAAACGACGCGGAAAAAAACGUGGAAGAAGACAUGGAAGCAGCAGACGAGAUGACAAGGAGCGAGGAAAAAGGCGAUGAAAGGAAUCCACGCACGGCCACUACCGAGGAGCAGGAGGAGGAAGAGGAAGAGGAAGAAACGACGAAAACUUCUCCGAAUGACGUCGAGGCGGCAUCUGGGAUGGCGCUCUUCCGCGGUAUUCCCUCCUCCGCGAUGCGGGAGGUGGCGGCGGGGUAUCGCCUCCCCCCUUCUCAUCUCGCGCGCGUUCGUCAGCUUUUUUCGCGGUUUGAAGGAACCCAUCGUUUCCAUCGUUUCACCCCCGGUGGGAAAGCCGGGGACCCGCGUUGCGAUCGAUUUCUCCGUCGUGUGGAGGUGAGCGAUCCGUUUAUCGUUCAUCCGACGGAUGAGGAAAUUAUGGAGGCGGUGGAGUCGUGGACGCCCUUUCGUUUCUUUUCGCCCGAUGACGGCAUCGCGGAGGCUUUUCGCGCGCGAUGGGAAGCCCUUCAAGACGACGACGAAGAGGGGGAAAAGGAGAAAACGGAUGCGGAAAAGCGCGAGAAUCCCGCGAAGCGUGGGGCUCGUGACGCGACCGGGCAUCCUUCGGAUCGCCAACCGCCCCUACCUCGCAUUUCCCGCGUCGAGAUCGGGGAAGAAGGCGCCGAAGGAAACGAAAAAAACGAAAAAGAAGCAGAAAACGAAAACGAAAACGACGGCGGGGAGUUCGAUGCGCGCCGCGUGGCGCGUCUUCGGCGGGAGGUUCACCGCCACCUCCGCGCGACCUACGGCGACGGCGGGCUCGAGGUCGUCCGCAUCGCCCUCGACGGGCAGAGUUUUUUGCUGAAUCAAAUCCGAAAGAUGAUCGGCGCGGUCGUGGCGAUGCUCGCGGCCGGGCUUCCCGAUUGGUUUCUCGAAAAAGAACUGCUUUGCGUGGAAACGGGGCGGAUUCGCGGGAUCCCGAUGGCGCCCGCGAAUGGUCUUUUGCUUUCCUCGCUCGAGUUCACCCGUUAUAACCACCGCCUCGCGCGGAUCCAAAAGGGGGGGCGGAACGCGAGGGAUAAACGACCGUUGGUGAUGGACGCGAUUCCUUCCGAGGAGCUCACCCGACAGCGGCGGCGAACCGUUGCGGUGGUGUUGCGAAACGAAAUGGCGGGGGAUAUCAUGGGAACGUGGAUGCGAUCCCUGCGGAGCGUGUUGCGGACGGUGUGGAAUAUUGAAUUACCCUAA